UAUUGUCAGUUCUGCCGUUCCUUUUCGUGUACAAACAACGUGUUGUUUACGUGUUCUUUAGUUUUUUCCAAUUUUCAAUAGCUCUGUAGAAAUUUAAUACUUUUAAAAUGCAACUUGAAUUAACGGAACAAAUUUUAAAAUAUGUCGAUGAAAAUGGUCAAGUCGAUACACUGGAUUUGGUACCAGUUUUUGGUGUUGACCAUCAAAAGAUCAUCGGUGCACUGAAAAGUAUUGAAGCCAAUGGAGAAUUAUUGAGGACUGAACAAAAUUCACACAAAAGCUGGGGAUUAAGUGAUGAAGGAAAAGAUGUACUCGCCAAUGGAAGUCAUGAAGCGGUCGUUUUCAAUGCUGUUCCAAGUGAGGGAAUCGCCCAACCCGAUUUAAUGAAGAUUUCACCAAAUGCUAAAGUGGGAUUUAGCAAGGCGAUGGCUCAAGGCUGGAUAUUGGUUGAUAAAUCGGGCGGUAAGCCGAUUGUGAAACGAAAAGUUGAAUCAAUUACGGAUACGGUGCAAGAAAAUCUUCAGAAAGUAGAAGCCGGUCAAGCUGAAAGUCUUACUGAUGCCGUUCGUGCCGAUUACCGCAAGAGAAAAUUGUUGCAAGAAAUUACCGUCAAAAGUUUUAUCAUUUCGAAAGGAAAAGAGUUCACAACAUCGUUGCAAAAAUUGGAGGCCGAUUUGACAACCGAUAUGCUCGCUUCCGGCUUAUGGAAUACAUUGAAAUUCAAGCCGUAUAAUUUGGAUGCUUUGGGUACAGUUCCAGAUGCCGGUUACUUGCAUCCAUUGCUAAAAGUUCGAACGGAAUUCCGGAACAUUUUUUUGGAAAUGGGUUUUGCUGAAAUGCCAACGAACAAUUUUGUUGAAUCGUCUUUCUGGAAUUUUGACGCACUUUUUCAACCACAACAACAUCCGGCUCGAGAUGCACAUGACACAUUCUUUUUGACAACACCGAAUAAAAGUCAUAAGUUCCCAGAAAAUUAUCUCAAUCGCGUUAAAGAUGUUCAUUCGAAAGGGGGCUUUGGAUCUCAGGGAUACAAGUAUGAUUGGAAACUUGAGGAAGCACAAAAGAACUUAUUGCGAACACAUACAACAGCAGUGAGUGCCCGAAUGUUGUAUAAAUUGGCAAAUCAGGAAGGUGGUUUUGUACCAGUCAAAUACUUUUCAAUUGAUCGAGUAUUCCGAAAUGAAACACUGGAUGCUACGCAUUUAGCUGAAUUUCAUCAAGUGGAAGGGGUUGUCGCUGAUCGCAAUUUAACAUUAGGAGAUCUUAUUGGCGUUAUUGCUGAAUUCUUUAAAAAAUUAGGAAUCGAUCAAAUCGAAUUCAAGCCAGCAUACAAUCCAUAUACUGAACCAAGCAUGGAAAUCUUCUGCUUCCAUCCCGGAUUGAAAAAAUGGAUCGAGGUGGGCAACUCGGGAAUGUUCCGACCUGAAAUGCUGCGGCCCAUGGGUUUGCCAGAAGAAGUGAAUGUGAUUGCAUGGGGAUUGUCAUUAGAACGGCCAACAAUGAUUAAAUAUGGCUAUAAUAAUAUUCGAGAUCUUAUUGGACCAAAAAUCGAUUUGAGAAUCGUUCAAAACAAUCCAAUUUGCCGCUUAGAUAAAUCCUAAGCAAACUCACCGAGAAAGAAACAUACACACACACACACACAUCAAAUAUGCUGAUUACUUUUUUCAAAUUCAUUGAACCACACAAACUAUAAAUUAUUUCACAACAUGAUGAUAUUCCUUCUUGACUCGAAGCAACAAAAAUAAAUAAAGAAAAAAACAUUCAAUUUGCAUAGCAAUAUAAACAUA